AUGCUAAGCGCAAUAUCCAGAGUCUCCACUUUGAAGCCAUGUACGAGAUAUUUAGCCAGAUGCAAUUACCACGCAUCCGCUAGACUGUUUGCAGCAAAGCCGUUUUGCAUGCCCGCAAUGUCCCCCACUAUGGAAAAGGGCGGAAUUGUGUCUUGGAGAUAUAAAGUCGGUGAACCAUUCAAUGCGGGCGAUGUGAUACUAGAGGUUGAAACUGAUAAAUCUCAAAUCGAUGUAGAGGCACUGGACGACGGUAAGUUCGCCAAAAUCAUAAGAGAUGAAGGCUCCAAAGAUAUUAAUGUUGGUGAACCUAUUGCCUAUAUCGCCGAUGUGGAUGACGAUCUAGCUACCAUAACACUGCCCCAGGACAAAGCUGAUACGAAAAAACCAAAACAAUCCACUAGUAAAAUGCCAACCCCAGAAAAAAAAGAGGCAGGAAACCAACAGCGCAAUGAACCUACGAAAAAAGAAACGAAGAGAACUAACGAUAGCCAGGCCAGUCCCGAACAGACCUUCCUACCAUCAGUAUCAUUACUACUCGCAGAAAAUGGUAUAUCCAAACAAAAGGCCUUGAAGGAAAUUAUUCCAUCCGGAUUCGGCGGUAGAUUGUUGAAAGGUGAUGUGCUAGCAUAUCUAGGGAAAAUACCACAAGAUUCAGUCACCAAGAUAACAGAAUUCAUCAAAAAGAGUGAACGUCUCGAUUUAUCGAACAUCAAACCUAUACAACUCAAGCCCCAGGAAAAUGAACAAGCCCAAAAGAAAGUUCCUGGCAAACAGGAAAUCCCACCCUUACAAUUCGAAGAGCAGUUGGUGUUCCAUGCUCCAGUUUCUGUUCCCUUUGAAAAACUGCGUGAGUCACUUAACACUUUCAUGAAGGAGGCUUACCAGUUUACUCAUGAAGAACCACUAACAGACGCAAAUUCUAAAUAUUUUGAUCCUGUCUUCGAGGAUCUUGUCACGUUGAACCCAAGAGAACCAAGAUUUGAAUUUUCCUACGGUUUCAUUCAGAUCCCCAAGGCGAACAACACGCAGGAUGCUUACGGACAAGAGGAUAUAUUCGAUCUCCUAACAGGCGCAGAUGCCAACGUCUCAUCAGAGAAAUCCGUCGAAAAGGACUCCUUUUCCGGAAAGAACGAAUACUUGCUAACCUUAAAUGUUAAUGUCAAUAACAAGAAAUUUAAUGACGCCGAGGCCAAGGCAGAAAGAUUCGUUGACUACGUAAGAGAACUGGAAUCAUUUUAG